AGUUAGAGACCGUAUCAACUAUGGAGUAAGUUAAAACCACACUAGGCCCUAGCUAACGCUCCCGGACAUACUACACACUAUCGGAACUUAUCGCAGGGAGCAGCACCAGUCGGGUAGUAAGUAAUAGCGACAGUUAGCCGUAAGAAAUGCUAAAUAUCAAUCAAUAUCUGAAGUAGUAGCAAAUUAUUGAUGUCAUACGUGUAUCUACGUCGCUGAAACUCUUGCUUCCCAACUCUAUAUUGAUUAGACGCUUUGCCCUACACUUGAUGAUCAAGGCCCCGAUAACUGGGCCCGGAAAAGGCAUAUCGAGUAACCUUACAUACCGGAACAUUUACCGUGUAACAUGUAAACUGACGGGAGUAUAAUUAUGUGUCGACACCUUAACCAAUACCUGUGGAUGUACGGAGAGGCAGAGAAAAGUGGCUUUUACGAAUAUUGAAAUAUGAAAAUGUGUUUGGAAAAUGGUUUUAAUGUGUGUUUAACCAUAGUUUAGUGAGGAGAUAGACAUGAAAAGAUGGGCGAUAAAAGGCUAUGCUUCGCACACAUUGGAGGAGUACCGUUACUAAUUCUUGUUUUAUUGUAUCAAACAACGCCCAUCUCGUGUGCAAACCUUGCGAGCUUUCGGGCCCUGUUUGUCCGCAUGCCGCAGAUGCACCUGUCUACGAUUCCUGCAAAAACUAUACGGAACUCCUCAGUUGAAGCAUGCGCAGAACACUGUGUUAGGGAGGUGGAAUUCGAGUGUAUGUCAUUCGACUUGGAUAAUACCAUCGGAAGCUGUCGAUUACAGAACCACACUCACGAAGAACCUUUCGUUACCCUUCAGGUGUCUACAUUCGCCGACCAUUAUAGAACGGCCUAUGAAAAGCUUUUCAAUCGAAUACCAAAUCAUGUGGUGACUUUUGAACAUAAACGGAAAAUUCCGGAUCUCACAAUAGAAGAAUGUGCUCGUCGAUGUAUAUUAGAAGUGAACUUCCGGUGCCAAGGUUUCGAUUACGAGGUUCGACAAAGGAACUGUUGGCUCUCUGACCUCACACCUAAAGAUUCCGGGGGUGUGGUCGUCCUUCCAGGGACUGACUUCUAUGAGCGAAUUUCAAAUGGCCCAAUGGAAAAGUUUGUGAAUUUUGGUUAUGGAACUUUACAGCAGAUUGAGGGAAUACAAGUUUAUAACAAAAUUAUACUUGGUGUGACAUUGGACGCUUGUGCACAGUUGUGUUUGGCAGAAACUUCCUUCCGGUGUUACAGUUUUGACUAUAUCUUUAAUGACGAUUCAUGUCACAUGAGCCAAUAUAUAGCAGCAAACGUUCACGGGAUUAGUACGUCCUUCUCAGAAGAUUUCAAAGCGAUGCAUUUUGAACUCAAAGAGGAAUACCUAGAGAUGUUCUACCCUACGCCAUACUCCGCCGUACUGGGCAACAACGAGAAAACAUUCAAGCGAGUAACUCCCAACAAUUGUGCUCGAAAAUGUCUACAGGAAAGCGACUUUGUCUGCCGCUCCUUCGACUAUCAGAUCCAGGAUGGCACAUGCUUACUCGGCACUAAGACCGGAAGUGACGUCGGCGGAUUAAUCAGUCACGGAUUUGCACAAGUACAUCACUUUGAAAUGAAACCGUUCUUAGAUUGCGGAGGGGUAUUUUAUUCAUCAGAGGGUAACUUCGCCUCUCCUAAUUGGCCAAGGAAUUAUUACCACAAUAUGGAGUGUUCCUGGCAAAUUACGGUUCCAAAAUUUCGAAUUAUUAAAUUAGAAUUUUCCCAUUUCGACCUUGGUCGGCAUGACAGUGAUGAGUGUGAGGAAGCUGACGAUAAAUUAGUGAUAACUGAUAUUGCCAAUGAUGGCCUCCGCCAGAAGGUCUUGUGCAGUGAACCGAAGCACAGUUCCUACGUCAGUUUGUCCAACAGUUUAAAUAUCACAUUUAUUUCUAACGCAUUCCAGGAUGCCAUGGGCUUCCGAGCGUUCUUCCAUACAGAUUGGCCCUGUGGAGGAACCCUUAACGAGGAUAAUGGAAUGAUUUCCUCCCCGAACUGGCCAAACAACUACGCCCCUUCCACAUCUUGUAAGUGGAAGAUUGUGGCUCCCAAAGGAGCCAAAAUAUACCUCAACUUUCUCUCCAUGGACUUGGAGAGACAUAUAAAUGGACCUUGCCGGUUAGCAUACGACCUCAUAGAGGUUUUCGACGGCGAAUCAGACACCUCUCCAACUUUGGGGAUUUAUUGUGGACGCCGUAACAAAAAGACAGUGACAUCAUCAAAUGAUGUGUUGUUCAUCACAUUCCACACGGACGACAGAGUUCAAAGGAAGGGCUUCCAUGCCGUGUAUAGAUUUAUUCAUAUCCCUACGCCCACCACUUCCAUCCCAUCACACAUUGAACAAACUACCUCAUAUCCCUCCUCCCAAGAAACAAGUGCCUCAUUAGACUCCAGCCAGGAAACCACUGGUCAAUAUAAUGUGUCUUACAACACGACCCCAUCCUCAUCUGUGUCAGAACAUAAUAAAACAGUUAUCACCCUUGGUUUGGCAGCCAUGUUUAUUGAGCCCAGACGGCGCCCCGUACCCACUGAAAAGUCGGUGGAAGAAGCACUGAUAAUCACCACAGUUGCGGGAGAAAGAGUUGACGACUAUGACGUCACUCGUGAAAACCCGGAAGUUGUGACGAUAGAACCAGAUUUACGACACGUCAUCCUCAUCCUCGUCAUCACUUUCUUCCUCCUCUUCAUGACUCUACUUGUCAUUUUGAUCGUCGUAUGCAGGCAUUACAGAAAAAGAAUUCCUAAAAGAAGAAAUGUGACGAAUUUCCCGUUUACAGAGGAGAGCGUAUCACUUUACGAUAAGGACAACAAUGCUAACGAUCAGGCUGACCGGGGGCAUGAUGAUGACUCCGACAUUAACUUGCCACAACCAAGUCCGUGUGACCCUCCACCGGAUGUGACGUUUUGUAACCCGCUGUACGACCAGAGAGCACAACAGGCUGUAGCCCAGACCAACACAGAAAGUAUAGAAAGUACCUCUAGUAGCUGUUAACCGGAAGUACGGAACAAGUCCGCAGUAAAUCACACGUUAGAUUGUUACUUGUCUUAGGUAUGGACAGACCGGAACCAGAGCAUGGUUUAUGAGUGAAUUUUACAAGUCAUUCAACGUAAAGCUACUCCAGAUUUACCAACAGUUAUGAACUACAUAUCUUCACAGCAAGUUCAGUUAAUUGAUAUCUAGAAAGCACGUGGCAUGUGUUUACCAUUGUGGCAGUUAUAUUUGAAAUAUGAUUUUAUCCAAUUAUGAUAGUGACGUUGUGAACAAAAAUGUAUGAAACAUUUAGAGUACAGAAGGAUAUAUGUGCUAUUACGGUGAAGUGCGAUAUUCUUCACAAAUAAGGAUUUUUUUUCGAUAUGUUCCAAUGAAAGAAUUGUUUAGAACAUGUUUCAAGCAACAGUCCACAUAGUGAAGGCCAAACUCGAGCAGCUGAAUUACAUAGAACCAUUAUCUGAGACAUUUCCACUAAAGAGUUAUCGAACCUUUGUAAUUGUACACAUUGUCAAUCUAUUUUUAUACAUCCUUCGCUAUAUGACAUUGGAUAACCGGUUGUCUUCGUACGGACAAGGGAUCAUGACGAAUCGUAUGGUUAUACAUAGACUUGACCUGUACAUAAAGAAAGCAUGUGGUCCUCUUUAAAUAAUAUUACAAAGGGUCAAAUAAGACCAACAAAUACGUAUUUUAAUGUAUUUACGUAUUUUCCAAUUUGCAUACUAUCAUCAAAUUAAGAUGAUGUUGUUUUGUUUUUCAAUCUGUUUUGAGAAGAUAUAAGCCAACAUUUUUGAUUAGUUGUUUACCGGUGACAGAUUUACUUUAUGAUGAAAUUACAUAUAUGAAAUUAUCAAAGUUUACUAUGAAAACAUAUUGUGCUUAUUUAAUUGUGACGUCAUAUUUCCGCGGCCAUAACAAAUGUUCUUGUCGUGACAUUAACCACUGCUUCAUUCAAUUCAGUUAAAUGCUUUUACUUUGCAGGAUAUUUUCUAAAAAAAAUUCUUGACGAAUACAAGUUAUAUUGUUAUAUUAUAGGUCGUGGGAUGUACCUUCUUCCAAUUAAAUCAAAUGGGUGUUUUAUUUCAUUAUUCGCCAAUCAGAAUUCAACGUUCCAUGCAUUGCAUUCAAAACAGUACCUUUGCUUUUCGCAAGAAGAUGAAUCGAUGAACGACACCACAGCGGUUGUUUAUGUGCAUCUGAACAAUAUAUAUGCAAGUAAUUCAUAAAAGUGUACAGUUGAUGAUAUUCUAUAAGCACAUCGUACUAGAAACCCUGAAAUUGCAUUCAAUUGUCCAUUCAAAAUGGCGCGCUUUUAUGCAGUAAAACUUCCGCGGUUUAAAAUAUGACUCCCGCCACGCGAUCAACACAAGAUAGUUUACUGUAUGGAUAAGAAAGAGUGCAUUCAUUAAUGAACAUGUCAGAGUUUGUCAAACAGCGCGCGCCCAUGUUUUAUCUGCUUCUUAGCGACUCGGUUAGGAAGAAUUUCUUUUUAUUUCAAUCGGUACAGCAUCAGACUGGUAAAGCAGGGAUUCCGGGUUCGAUCCCAGGCCGAGGUGUUGGAAUUAUAAUGAACUCCACUACAAUAUUAUCCUCUACCAACUUAUCAUCGACCUUAAUGUUAUUAAUACAUGUAGUUUUGGAAGUCUAUAUCAUACUACUGGAGUUAUGAUAAUUUGGUCAUGUUCGGUAAAAUAUCCGUUUCAAUUUGCAACACUCAAUGAUUGGUGCCAGAGUAAAGAUAAACAGCUUCCAUAAUGUUGUAAAGUCAGUUUACGUAAUGCGUUCCUAGCUGUGAUCCGUUCGUAGAUUGGUGAAGUUUUAGCAUAGUACUAUAUUGAGGAAUGUAUGUUUGACCACAAAACGUAUCCAUUUACCAGUAACACAAUAUAUAAUUAUCUGAAAUCAUAAUGCUGAUUACGUAAUAAAGAAUAAGUAUAAUUAACCAACAUAGAUAUCAAAUAUGAGAAUAUGUUUCAAGAGUAAUUAAAUACCUUCUUCGAUUAAACAUUGUAAUCAUGAUUAAAUAUUAACAGUUAUGAUUAAAUAUUACAAUUAUGAUUGAAUAUCACCGAUAUAAUUGAAUAUUACAUUCAUGGUCAAGUACUACAUUCGUGGUAACAAUAGGACGUUUCAGUGUAAGUAUUAGUGUGUAAUAAUAAUUUACACAAAAAAAUAUCGACCGGGAAGCUAACGAUCACAUGAACAAUAUCAUGUGAUAAUAUUUAAUAAAAAAACCCACAAUAUUUUCGCAAAAAAGAAACCCGCAAUUGAUCAUAAUAUAAAUGAUUUGAAGUAUAACCUUUAUUUCUGAUUACACCGUAAACAAAUCACGGUAUCUUGAAAUUAAAUAUCCGCGGAAAAUAAAUAUUCUACAUAACAGUGCGCAAGGUCUUCAAAUGAAACGUCCACGAAAGAUAAAUGUUCCAAAUUAUAAUACACUGAAAAAAGGCUGCGUGUCUCGAAAUUAAGCAUCCAUGGAAAAUGUUUAUUCUACAGUAUAUCACAUGAGGUCCUGAAAUAAGCACUCAUGGAAAAUAAGCAAUGCACAAUAUAACAAACAUAUCUGAAUUACACUGUUAACAGGAAGGCGAGUUUUUUUUGAAAAUGGGAACCCAAGGAAAAUAAACAUUCUGCAGUAACACAUAUAUGUAUGAGUUACACUAAAAAGUGAAGAGUUAUAAAAAUGAUUUGUGUUUCUUAUUUAGUAAUGGUAGGAGUGUAAGCCAUUACUGAUUAUAUUCUUGUUGUCUUAUUCAGUUGUAGAAAUAUGAAAUAUUUGUUAUUAGUUCAACAUGUUUGUACGGUUGAAUAUUGAACUGUAAUAUGUGAAUGUAAUGUGUACAUAUGUGUAUAAUUAAUGUUGAACUUGAACAGAAAAUAAAUAAAGAUUACAUUUUUAUUAUAUAA